GUCAACAAUCCUUAUGGAAGCAGUGACAGCCAGAAAAUGAAGGACCUCAACGACUGGUUGAGAAAAGCAAAGAAUUUCGUUAAUGGUUCGGUUAAAAAAUUAAUAGGUCCUGAUGUUGGAGAACGACAUGUGAAGCACAAGUAUUCCUUUAAGCUGUGUCCUGAUUUCAACUCUCCUUGGAACUGCGAGGAUAUUGGUGUACUCGUGCAAGAAGCUCGUAGAUUACUUGAGGACAUCUCACGAGGAAAUCAGAAUGGGGCAGUUAAUCGUUUCGAGUACUUUGAGUGGACAAAGAAUGUUUUGGACGGGAUUUUGGAGGCAGUUCAAUGUCGUAGCAUCAACACCAUAAGUGUGUACGGGGAGUCUGGUACGGGAAAGACCAUGCUCGUCAGAGAAGUGAAGAGAAUAGCGGAGGAACAAAAGUUAUUUGAUGCGGUUGUUAUGGCAUCCGUGAAGCAGAACCCCAGAAUCCAACAUGAAAUUGCACGUGACUUGGGUGUUUCUAAUGAACUUACAUAUCAGGAAGCUUCCAAUCGAAGAAAGGAAAGAAAGCUAACAGAAAAGAGGGUCCUCUUGAUUUUGGAAGAUAUUUGGGAGCCAGAAAUAUGUUGGAAGUUGCGUGAAAAACUUCCAUUGGAAGAUGAGAAUGAGAACAGGUUAUUAUCUUACAAAAUUUUGCUGACUACUACUAGAGAUAGCCGUGUUCUUGUUGAUUUAUCUGAAAUACAAUUUGAGAUUAAACCAUUAGAAGAAAAAGAAGCAUGGAUGCUGUUUGAGAAGAUAGCUACUUACCGAACUGAAAGUCGUCGUUUGCCAUUUUAUGCAAGAGAGAUUUGCAAGAAGUGUUAUGGCUUGCCCAUUGCUAUUGCAACACUUGCAAUGGCCUUAAAAAGUGGCAGACUAAAGCGGAAGACUAUUCUACAAAAGCUACAAAGCCAUCCAAGCCUUCAUUCAGCUUUCUAUCGAAGUUAUGAUUGUUUGAAAAGCUCCGAACUCCAACAAACUUUUUUGCUUUGUAGUAUAAUGGGUCAUAAUGCAGCUAUUCAAGACUUGUUGAAAUAUACCAUAGGCUUGGAUUUAUUCCCAGGAGUCAAAUCUGUGGAGGAAGCACGAGAUGCAUUACUGAAUUCAAUGACUAAACUCAGAUAUUUUUCUUUGUUGCUGGAUAGUGACGGUCAUAUGCAUUUUGAUAUGCAUGAUCUUCUCAUGAUUUUUGCCAAAUCAAUUGCCUUCGGAGAAGUUGGACUGAACAACUGGGAGGAAACGGAGAGCAUCAAAUGGUUGCAUUUAUCAGAUACUAGUGAGCUUCCAACAGAUCAGCUGAACUGUCCGCAGCUCACUUUCUUUCAUUUGUCUAAAGAGGAUCCUUCUAAACCAAUUCCAGUAGACUUGUUUACAGGAACUAAGGGGCUCAAAGUCCUGGGUUUGACUAAAACUUGCUCAAUGCCUCAGUCAAUUUCCCUUCCAUAUAACCUUCUUACCUUGCGUCUGGAUCAAAGUGUGUUGCGAGAUGCAGACAUGGGCGCAAUUAUAACAAGGCCGGGAUAUUUGCAAGUCCUCAGCCUUGUGGGAUGUGAUCUCGAAGAGCUGCCAAAGGAAAUAAGGCAACUAACUAACCUGAAGUUGUUAGAUUUGAGUGAUUGUACCAAAGUCAAAGUAAUUCCACCAGAUGUCUUGUCAGGGCUGCUAAGUUUAGAAGAACUAUAUAUGAGAAACAGUUUCGAUCAAUGGGCGGAGGUUGUUAAGGAACAGGAGAAAAAAGUUGCUAGACUUUCUGAGUUGGAGCAAUUAUUGAACCUAACUGCUUUAGAGGUACAAAUUAAUAUUUGCAAUAUCCAAAUGAUUGAAGGAGACUUGUUCUCUGAAAAUUUGGCAAGAUACAAGAUUUUCGUAGGAGAUAUGUGGCACUCCUGGGAUAGUUCUUAUGGAAGUUCAAAAAUAGUGAAGCUAAAGCUAGAUGCAAAAAUUAGUUCUGAGCAUUCAGUUAAGAAGUUGCUAAAGAAGACAGAGGAACUACAUCUACAAGGGUUGAGUGGUGUCAAUAAUGUUGUUCAUCAGUUAGAUGAGGAAGGCUUUCAAGAAUUGAAGUAUCUCUUUAUCCAAGAUGCUCAGAAUGUUCAACAUGUCAUUAACUCAAUGAAGCAUGAUGCUCACAAUGUUGAUCAAGAUAGCAUUAACUCAAUGAAGCCUGCAUUUCCUGUAUUGGAGGUGUUAGUUCUACAUAAUUUGGAACAAAUGGAGAAGAUAUGUCAUGGUUUGGUUAAAGAAUCAUCUUUUAGCAAAUUAAGAAUGAUAACGGUUGAAUCUUGUAAUCAACUAAAGAAUUUGUUCUCCUCCUCUAUAGCCAAACGAAAUUUUCUCCAACUCCAAGAAAUUAGAGUAACAAAGUGCAGCAACUUGGAAGAGAUUGUUGAUGAGGACGAGCAAGGGGGCGAAAAAGAUAUCUUGAAGGAACUGUGCUCCUUGAGAUUAGAAGAUCUACCAAAGUUGACCGCCUUUUGCAAGAGAAUGACACUUUUCCAAGGACAGGUGUUUGAUUAAUUUCUUUUAUUUCAUUUUUGUUCUCAUCCAAGUCAUCUCCUUUGCAUUACUUGUUUGUAUUCUAGUUAGACAUGCCUAAUCUCUACAAAUUUUAACAUGACCGUCCUUUUCUUUUUCAAUCAACAAAGUGAGAAGCAUUUAUUAUAAGAAAAUAUCAUUGUGUCA